ACGGUGGCCGGCAGCAACAUGGUCGAGCUCGAGACGCUCUCGGCCUUCACGGCCCUGGAGCGCCGCGCCGUCGCCCUGUCGGAGGACGAGGCGCUCGUGUGCUCCCGCCUGGCGGAACUGCUGCUGGUCGACGGCCUCAAGGCCUACGAGGCCCACUACCAGGCGGGCCGCAGCGGCCUGUCGCCCGUGGACCCGCAGCAGUGGAAGCUCAUCAAGAGGAAGGACCAGCUCUGCGCCUUUAAGCAGCGCAAGCUGGCUGCGGCCAAGCAAGCGGCCAUCGCGGCGGCCGCCGGCCCGCAGCCGGGCCAGUGUCCGGCCAACGAGACGGAGCUGCCGCUGCUCAUGGUGGCCGGAGUUCUGGCCGGCCAGGUGAACGACGCCAUGUACGGCCUGGUCAGCGCCAACACACGGACCAUGAAGGUGAACAGCGCGUACGCUGAGGACGCGCUCGUGGACGCCGAGGUGCUGGCCACGAUCGAAAGCCCGAGCAUCGAGCAGCCCUUCCGCUUCCUUGGACUCAAGUGGGCCGUGCGCCACGACGCCAUGUCCAAGAAGCGGGACCUGCUGUACCUGGAAGCCACGGGCGUCACCAAGAUGGCCAACGGAGACCGUGUCGGAUACCGAGUUAUGCACUCGGUGAGCGUCAAGGCGCUGGCCCAGUUGGCGUCGACGAGCAUUUCCUCCUCGGUGGUUCGUGCACGGGCGUCCGUCGUGCAGCUGUUCCACCAGCAGCCACCGUCGGAGGGGUCGACGGGUCUCACCGGCACGCUCAACGUGUUCACGAGGGGAUACUACGACCCUCAGGGCGCCAUGAUGGAGUUCAUGGCCGUGAACGCAGGAGCUGAGCUCUUACUGCACAUGACCUUCUCGGUCGUGGACUGCGCCCACCUCAAGAAGAUCGCCUUUGCGGCGCAGCAAGCUGGACGCAAGCGGAAAGCCUCGACCCAGCUCCACAAGACUACUUACGGGGAUGAAGCCAUGUGCGGGAUCGAGGAGACCUACGACGAAGACAUCGACAUCAUAGCACGGAACGCAGCCUUGUCGACCAACUGCUCGCUGUGCGACCGUCGAGUCGGUAGCGUGCUCAUCCGAAGCGGAACGCCGUGCACCAUUUGCGCGAAAACGGUCUGCUCGCGCUGCAGCGUCGUCAAGAAGCUGCGGUUCUCGCGCAGUGAUGGCAACGACGCGGUCACUAACACCGGCGUGAAUCUGGGGGGAAGCAUGGGCAUUCGUGACUUCGUACAGCCGGAGGAAUCCCAAGCAUCGACUGAGCGAAGUCGCAGCCGCAGCGGCAGUGGGAGCGGCGGCGCCAACAUGAGCGACAUCUGCCAGAAGGCGCUCAAGUUCUGCCUGCCGUGUGUGCUGCGCGCCAACCAGCGCAACGCCUCGCAGAUCGUGGUGGAGGAGAUUCUAGAGCAGACGAGCUUCGGACUCAUGACUCCCCGCAGCACCAUGGAGCGCCCAAGCACUAGGCCGUCGACAAUGCGCCGGCGAUCAACGCAGACUGGACGUCCGUACAGCGUGCGAUCGUCGCAGGCUUCGGUUGGAUCCCACCAGUUUUCAAACUACGCCGCGGCAUCUCCCUACGCGGCAUCCCCGUACUGCCAGCCUCGUCAGAAGGCCUACAGCAGCGCGGCUUACAUCCCGAGCGGCGUGCGUCGGUCAUCCUCGGCCACUCCUCGCGUCAUGCUGUACGUUGAAGACCCAGUUGCCAGCAGGUCCGGGUACAGCGCUGCUUAAACCUUGACUCGAGCUCUCCUACAGCUAAGGUGCCUUCCAGGGCGAGAUAGUAGUAGAUUAUAAGCGGCUGGGGGCUCAGGGUGAAAAAUGCGCUCGAAGUAGAUCGCACUCUCAGCGAGAUGGAAUCAACAACAACAACAACGAUGUAUCAUGACAAUAACUACCUGCUUCCAACACGUAUCACUCAACAACGUCUACCUGCGGGUGCGUUGCGCUAGUUCUUCCGCGUGAACUUGCAGCGGCGAGUAGCUCCGUGCAGUGAGCGUGCACCCGAGGCAGAAGUUAAAGGGCCGAAUCACCACGGUCUUCUCCGACGCAUCGAUCACGAGCUUCUUCGUCACGCUGCACUUCGAGCACACGCGCUGUUUCCACGUCAAACCACGCAACAAGCAGGUUAGUGUUUGCCACCACCACACACAAUCACGAUAAAGAUGAAGAACCUUUUGGCAGAUCUGACAGAAGCUACCGGCAGUGGAGAAGAUCCUGGUGAGCGAUUUUUUGCACGCCGCGCAGUGGUCAGACUCGUGCCGCUGCAGGCGAUGCAUUGAAGAGGACGACGAUGCGGAGGACGAUCGAGUACCUGGCGACCCCGGCAUUGCCAUUGACGCUUCAACCGCGUUCUUCCUCACCAGCCAGAAGAGCUUCUUGUUCUGAGCGACGUCCAUGGGUUUGCCGACGGACAUGAUUGAGGUUGCUGUUUCCUGGAUCAUGAAGUAGUUCAACGCGUUGCCCCCGGGCUGCAUCACAAUCUGCACGAAGACAUCGACCAGAUCUCCCAUUUGCCUGUAGAUCGUGCACAUGGACAUCUUGCCGCGGAUGAUCUCGUACUGGGACAGCUCGGGCAGGUCGCGGUGGGGCACCGACUGCGUGAUCGUGAAGCCGAGCAGAUCGCCCCGCGACGUCCUCGAGAGCCCGAUGCGUUGCAGCAGCAGGAAGUCGCGCGGCUUGACCACCGCUCCGAGUCCGGGGAAGCUACGCAGGAUCCAUGUGAGCCCCAUGAACUGGAACGGGUCCUUCUGCGACGGCCGAUCAAAGGUGGCCAGCAUGCCGAUGUCGUCGGCCAGGUCCUGCUCGUACGCGCUGCGUCGGCGGAACGAGGCCGCGUCGUCCACGUACGACCCGUACAUGGCGUCCUCGAGCGUGCCGGGAAUCGUGGCCGUGCAGAUCAUGACAGGGAUUUUGGUGCCGGCCGCCAGCGCUGCGCCGGGGCCCGACAGCGGCGCGUUGCUCACGGUCUCAACUGCUGUGCUCGGGUCGUGGCGCGCGUGGUACGCCGGGCCGCUGGAGUUGCUGCUGCUGGAGCUGCUGAAAUCGUGGCCGCUCUUGGUGCUGAGGUCGGCGUCGGAGGUCGAGCGCUCCCGGUAGACGACGACGCCCUCGCGCGACUUGACCUUCUUCCACCGGCGCUCGUCAAUGUGGCGGUCGCCCCGGUACAGAUACUCCUCGUACUUGUCCAGCACCUCGGCCAGACACGCGUCCGAGAUCUCGCGGUAGUGCUGCACAUCCUCCUUGGUGAAGCGCAUGCGCGGCAGCGUGUCGGACGAGACGUUGAUGCGAGAGCUCAUGCUCGUCAAGCGUUGCAGGCCAGAAGAGGGCGUCUCUCUCGUU